AUGUCCUCCGUCUCCUGGGCUGACCUGCACGACAACGUCCCGAUCCACCGCGACCGCGACGACUUUAGGCUGUGGGAGACCUGUCUGCGGCAGUACUGCUACGGCAAGGGCGUGCUCGCGCACCUCGACGUGAUCAUACCCGAGCCAUUCCGGCGCAACAAGCUUCCGGCGUGGGGCAAGGUGGUGGCGGUUCUGGAGCCGGUGGGCGACCAGAUCGAGGAGAAGCUGUUCCACGCGCUGCGCGCCAAGCACGCGCAGGCGCUGCAUAUCUCCGUCAACGAGUUCAUCGCCGACGGCCGCGUCGUCACUCUCACUCAUGAGGAGCUCGCGGUGUGGGACCGCUGGGCGGAGAAGGAGCGUCUGGCGCGCAUGGCUAUCCUCCGCUCGCUCUCGCCCGAGCUCCAGCGCGACCCCGACCUGCUCGCUCAGCCGACCGCGCGCCACCUCUACAGGAUGAUUGUGAACCGGCACGAGGAGUCUAUAGGAGUAUAA